AGAUGAUCUAAAAGAAGCGGAAGAUGACACAGUUGAUGAACUUAAUGAGAGAGUUGAGGUCUCUCAUGGUGACAGCGAUGAUGCUGACUCUAGUAAGGAAGUGAAAAAACCACGGGUCAUGAUACGAAAACAUAAAAACCACCCAAGACACAGAGGAAGAGGGAGAGCAAAGAUAUUGAAGCAUUACUGCUGCAGAGCAGGAUUCAUCAUUGCAAAGAAGAGCAAGAGAACUGCAGUAUGCAGGAACAGAGCCAAAGAUUUUGUCAUGAAGUUCAGAAAGUUGGCAGGAAUGGCCAGGAGAAUUUGUUUCAUAUCAUUCAAUAAAUGCUGCAGCAAAAUUUCUCCUCCAAGACUACCGACAACAACAGUUAA